UUCUCUAUGCGCCUAGACGACGACGACGACGACGACAACGAGGACGAGGACGAGGAGGAGGAAGACGUCGACGAGGAGGUAAUCGGCGAAGACGGGUGGAGGCAUCGACGAAGGCGGCGAGGUUGUCCGGCGAGGGCGGAGGAAGAACAGCGCGGUUGGGUCGAUCGACGGUCGGCUGACGGGGUCUAUGACUGGAACGGCGGUGGCGGAUGAUCGUGAAAACGGUAGGCGGUGGAGGCGCACGAGGACGGACGACGACGCCGUUGGCACGCACGGGUUCAUGACACGGUCCCGUGAAGAAGAUUCGCAGAGCGACGCGCAGUGCCGUUUUCGCGCGGAGCAUUGACGCGCGCCUCUCCGAUGUCAUCGCGGCAUCUAUCUAUCCGUCUACCUACACCGCUGUGAAUAUCAUUAACAGCGCACCACACACCACACACAUACAUACACACAUACAUACACACACACACACACACACACACACGCACGCGCGCGUGAUAAAAACCGCGUUGUGAAGAAGGGGCAGAUAGAUAUCUGAAGGAGAGAAGCAGGAAGGAAGAAAAGAGGAAAGCGGCUGUUGCCCUUAUCUUCUCUGUCUCUCUCUCUUUCUCCCUCUUUGUUUCGUCAUCUCUAAUUUUCUCUCCCCGCUGUCUCUUUCGUUUUACGUUUAUCAGUGCCGUUUCGCGCCACUGUGUUUAGUCUCUCACGCAUACACACGUACGUACGCACGCAAUAUAUUUAUUCCCCAUAGUCGGCAAUUGGUGGGCCCCCAGCGUUUUAUCUCUCCCAUCCAUUUUACUUCCGUAUCACGUACGUGUGUGUACAAUACGGCAGCCGCGUGUGUCAAUUUAGUGUACUUAUAUAUUUUGCAUGAUACGCGCGCGCGCGAGAACCGCGGUUAAAGGUCGAUGACGAUGCAACGGGUUCAAGAUCAGGACAAUGGAAUCAACAUCAAGUUCGGCCCGAGCAAACCCCGGAAGGGCGACUACAGGCUAGUGUCGCAGAGCUCCAACAAAGAUCACAAUGGGACCAAUAAAUCAGAGAAAAAUGAGAAGAAAGAAGAGGAGUUAGUCCCACCGGACGGAGGCUGGGGAUGGCUGAUACUCCUGGCUGCCGUCAUGGUCAACCUUCUCAUCCCUGGUACCAUCAAGUCUUUCGGGGUAUUGUUCGUCGAAUUCCUUGACAUAUUUGAUGCGUCACCAGCGGCAGCUGCAUGGAUACCGUCGCUUUGUUACUUCCUAUACAGUUCGCUGGGCCCACUCUCUAGUAUACUUUCGGUCAAGUAUUCCUAUCGUACGGUAACUUUAAUAGGGGGGACGUUCGCUGCGGCGGGGAUGAUGCUGAGUUAUUUUGCGAACUCUGUGGCCUUUCUAUGCGUUAGUUAUGGUGUAUUCGUAGGUACGGGUGCUGGAUUAGCAUUUCCUCCAACUGUAUAUAUUGUGACAUCUUAUUUUGUACGGUUUCGAGGACUCGCCAACGGGCUCUGCAUAUCUGGCAGUGCGUUAGGUUCAAUAUUUCUUCCGCCCGUUCUGGGUUUUCUUUUACGAGAAUAUGGUUACAGAGGUGCAGUAUUAAUAAUGGGUGCUGUCACACUAAAUGUCUGGGCAAGCGCGCUCCUGUACCAUCCGGUAGAAUGGCACUUAGUGCCAGCUCGGCCUCCAGACGAUAUCGAGGCGCAUGAUAAUGGAGAGACUAUGUCGGUGACUGUCACUAGCAGUCCUGAGCAAGCGACAGAGAAGAGCAACAGUCAGCUGGCAUCAUUGAGCAACUCGAUGAACGAAAAGGCCGCGCCGAUCGUGCCGAAAAGCGCAUCGAGCGUUGCUUUGGAAUAUUAUAAGAACACACCAGUGCAAAGUCGUACGCGAAAGAUCAGUAUGCCCACCGGACGCGAGAUCAGUGGACAGAUGCACAGCACGCCGACGUUGCACGCUGUGCCAGAGCGCGGCGGUGCCAUGGUCGAAUCCGUGAAAUAUGUCAGGACGACAAGAUCACCGUUGCACUCACCUAGCACGUCGUCUUUCAAUUACGUCAGUACGCCAUAUCACGGUAGCACACUGUCGGUUUUGCAUGCAGAACGUGCAUCCACGUUGACGUUGAACGCUAUCUCCAGCACGUUUACCAGGAAAUCGACGAUAAGAGAGCAGAAGCGACGUGAGCAGGAUGAGAAGGAUCAACAGAACAAAUUCUUCGAUUUCAGCUUGCUCAAAGAUCCCAUCUAUCUCGUCAUCCUCAUCUCCAAUUCCACCAACGCCAUUAGCUAUACUAAUUUCGUCAUUUUGUUACCAGCCUAUGCCAUUUCUCUAGGUUUCGACAAUUGGGACGCAUCGUUGUUAUUGUCGAUCGUCUCCAUGCUCGACUUGGUAGGUCGUAUCGGCGGCUCCGCUCUCUCCGACAUCAAGAUCAUGCCCAAGCAUUGGUACUUCGUUGGCGGUCUGCUCGCCUCCGGGAUUUCUUUGGCCAUCAUGCCCACUUCCAACACGUAUACCAUGCUGUCUGUUUAUUGCGCCUUCUUUGGUCUCGCGUCCGGCAUUUACGUCGGUAUCACCGCCGUAAUCAUGGCUGAUAUGCUGGGCACGGAGAAACUUACCUCAUCCUAUGGCAUCUCGUUGUUCGUCAACGGUGUCAUUCAGUUGGUGGGACCGCCAAUUUGCGGUAUAGUGUUCGAGCAGAUCGGCAGCUACGGACCAAUCUUCAGUAUACUAGGCAUCAUUCUCGUGUUCGGCUCAUCUCUUUGGAUCAUGGUGCCGUUCAUUCGGAAGAGACAAGCAGCGUUGAAAAAGCCCGUCAGGAUAGACAAAAUAUAAUAGACCAAAUAAACAAUAUAAAGUAUA